CUGUAGCCGUGGGUCGUUAUUGUUAGGCUGUCUGUCGGUCCGUGCGCCGCUCCACACCCUCCGUGUCAAAGUCAAACCCUGCUGGCGGUUAGCCCUCGGCUCGGAGCGGGACCCUUGAAAACACAAACAGCCGACCAUUUGUUCGUGUCAGCCGCGGGGGGCGACGUUUUAUUUACGCUUCGCAGCUUGAACCGUCUUGUUGUGAGGGUUAACUCGUGAGUAAUGUGUGGUAUAUACCGGUUUGAACUUUGUUUUCCGCUUUUGUUUUGCUGAAACGUUAAACGACAUUAACGCGGUGAAUGCGUCGUUUAGCUGCUCGCAAGGAAACAAACAUCGCGAUGCCCCUGAACUCCUUGUUCACUUUGUAAUCCUCCAGUCUGUGACCCGCUAACCAGCUCAUGUUAACUAGGAUAAGUAAGGUUAGCUAGCAAAGUUAGACAAGAGGACACUCGAGACCAAAAAUGCCUCCUAAAAAGCAGCAGACGAAGACGAAACUGGCCAACGUGUCCAGCUCCCUGGACGUGGAGUCGGAGGACAUCAGCCUGGAGACCACCGUGCCCACGGAGGACAUCUCCUCGUCCGACGAGCAGCGGGACGGCUCCCAGAAGGUGACCCGCCAGCUGAUCGAGAGGAAGGAGCUGCUCCACAGCCUCCAGCUGCUGAAGAUAGAGCUGUCCCAGAAGAACCUGGUGAUAGACAACAUGAAGGUCGACCAUCUGACCAAGAUUGAGGAGCUGGAGGAGAGGCUAAACGAUGCUCUUCACCAGAAACAAGUGUUGGCCCUGAGGUUGGACAGCCAGCUCAAAGUUGCUCAGGAGGAGAACAGGAAGCAGCAGGCUUUGCGAAAGCAGGAGAUGGAGGCCAUCCUGCUGAGGCAGCAGCAGCUGGAGCAGACCAACCGGCAGCUGUGUGAGCGGGCCGGGGAGCUGCGGAGGUCUCUCAGGGACCUGGACAUCAGCCAGGGCAGGUACCAGGAGCUCCGUGACCUCCCUGAGGACAAACUCUCCAUACCUGAGUAUGUAGCUAUGCGUUUCUAUGAGCUGGUGACUCCCCUGCGGGUCGAGUUGGCAGAGCUCCAUGUGAAGAAAGGCAGUCUGAUGGACGAGCUGGACACACACAGGACCCAGAUGAAGGCCCUUUUGGAGAGCUAUGAGGAGGAGCGGCGGUUGCGUGCAGAGCUGGAGUUGAGGAGCCAGAGACUGACCCUGGAGCUGGCUGACACCAAACAGCAGAUCCAGGAGGGAGACUACCGCCGAGACAACUACCCCAACCUCAAACGUGAACGUGACAGCUACGAGGCAGAGGUGAAGGAGCUGCGGAAGAGACUGGAGACUCUAGACUUGACUCACAUUGCACAGACCAGGGAAAGGGACAGCCUCAGCAAAGAGGUGGCAACAUUGCAGCAAUCAGUGACUCUGCUGCAGAAAGACAAGGACUACCUGCACAGGCAGAACAUGGAGCUCAGUGUACGCUGUGCACAUGAGGAAGACCGCCUUGAGAGGCUGCAGGUCCAAUUAGAAGACACCAAGAAGGCCAGAGAGGAGGCUUAUGAAAAAUAUGUGGCAUCCAGAGAUCACUACAAGUCAGAGUAUGAGACCAAGUUGAGAGAAGAGUUGGAGAACAUCAGGCUGAAAACCAGUCAGGAAAUAGACAACCUGCAGAGAACCUCCAGGGAGAUGUACGAGAGGGAGAACAGGAACUUGCGUGAAGCCAGAGACAAUGCAGUGUUGGAGAAGGACAGAUCCGUGGCUGCUGAGAGAGACACCCAGUCCAGAUAUGACCAACUACUGGAACAGUUUCGUCAGCUCCAGCUGGGUACAGACAGUCGGGUAGCAGAACUGUCCAACCAGGCCAAGCUGCACUCCUUUGAGGCUGAGCGCGCUCAUAUGGUCAAGGAAGAGACGGCCAAGGCCUUCGCCCAGUGCCAGGUGGAAUGUGAGAAACAGCAGAAAAAACUUGAGGUCCUGACCCAGGAGUUUUAUGGCCUGCAGACGACAUCGGAGAAACGGCUGGCUGAGCUGCAGGCUCAAAAUGCCGAGCAGGCGGCUCGACUGGAGACUUAUGAGAAGCUGGAGCAGGAGCUGGAUCAGGUCACCAUGCAGGCUGCUGAGAUUGACAAUGAAGAGGAGGCAGAGCGAGUUCUGUUCUCGUACGGCUAUGGAGCCAAUGUUCCCACAACCGCCAAAAGGAGACUAAAACAGAGCGUUCACCUGGCCCGCAGGGUCCUGCAGCUCGAGAAGCAGAACACGUUACUGAGGAGAGAGUUGGAGAGACACAGCACGCAGACGGGGCAGAUUUCUGAGGAGUUGUCGGCAGCCAACCGGCUGUUGCAGCAGACACAGCAGCCCUACAGCUACUUGAUUGAGACGGUGCGACAGAGAGACGCACAGAUUGACACGAUGAAGAAGCGCAUCGCCUCGCUGGAGGACGAUGUCAGUUCCCUGAGGAAAGAGAGGAAUGCUCUGCAGCAGGUGAAGAACAACAUGGCUGCUGAUCUGGAGAGACUCCUCAAUCAUCGAGAGGAGCUGGCGGUGAUGAAACAGGUCCUGAUCAGCAUGCGGUCGGGACAGGGAAACACUCUGAGCCCGCUGGAGGCAGACAGAUCUGGGAUCAGGACCGCCGGCACCGGGAAACAGCAGUCUAAACGCACCAGCAGAGCAACAGUGGAAGAAGAGCCAACAAACAGACCCAAACCAACUGUGUUCACCAAUAAGGAAGUUCCUGACUGGUACCGAAAACUGAAGCUCCAGCCCAAAUGACCAGUCAUCGUGUGCUGUCACCACUGAUUUUAACAGACACUCAGGGCUUUAUGGCAUCUGAUGCCUUUGUCAACUUUUUGUGUUUUAAACAUGCAAAUGAAAUUUCUCAUCAAAUGUCAAUACGUUUUUUUUUUAUAUAUAUAAAUAUAUAAAAAUGAGAUCUGUUAUUUGUGGAAUAUUGUUUUGUUAUUAUCAUCUUUUUGUUACAUAUUUGGGGUCUGACUCAGGAAGAAUAAAGCCCCAGAGCACUGGUCCAAAACCAGAGGUAUUACCUUCUACAGGGUACACAUUCCCAGCUUACUGACUGCCCAAAAAUUCCUCCGCCUUGGCAGUCAGCUAUUGUAUUAGGUCUGUCUAUCAUUAUUUCCUCAUCCAUUCCAAGUUAGCCAACACUGGUGGCUGCAGAUGAGCAGCAUGGCUGGCCUUCUCACAGAGAACCUUAGCCUUUGAUUUGUACGAGCUGAGACUCCUUUGGCUUUAAAUAUAGACAUACUAGGCAUACCUUUAUCAUUUCAGACCCAUGUUCUUAUUGGUGUCAUAUUAAACUUAGCCAC